AUGGCAUUCUUCGGUUUCCGUGCAUACCCAACGCCUAUUCUGAAGCCCCUGUGGCCUUUCUUCGCCUCGUCGGCUAUUGUGUACUACUGCGUUAGCAAGAUGCAGUACGCAGGUGUGCGCUCGAGCGAGUACGCAAAGGACCCUAAGAACCCGUACCUCAAGCAAAUUGCUCAAGAGUCCAAGUUGGGUCAUUAA